GUAUCGGAUAUGCCUGGUUUAAGACCCUGCUUUAGUUGAGUUCAGAUAUGGAAUGAUCAUCACAUGUCUUAGUUUGAUUUUAAUGGCUUCUCCACUCUUCCGUUUGGGUGAAAUCAUUAGAAAGAAAGACUCCUCAGCACUACCUCUCCCCUUGAUCGCCAUGGGCACAAUAGUCUCAUUCCUGUGGCUCGUCUACGGUUUGGCAGCUCGAAACCAUUUUCUGAUU